AUGGGGAAAUACAGAACUGCUUGCGUCAUUUUUAUUACCCACUCUGUGCUACUGUUCAGUCUGGCGCUGAGCAAGAACGAGUACACAAAGUUAUUCGAGAAAUGCGCCAGGGAGAGAAACGCCUUCGAUUGUUUGAAGCAAAGGGCUUUGGAGAUUCUCGAUUCGGCCAUCAAGGAUGACACGGUGUAUGUGUUGAACGACUACAUUUCCAUCGGGAGGGACCCUGCAGCGGUUAUCAAGAGCAUAGACAGAUCGUUCAAAGACGACAACGAAACGAAGCUCACUUUGGAUCAAAAGCUGGAUCACAAGUUCCACGAGUACAUUUCUUCUAGAAGCGUGAAGCUUACUAUCCCGGGAGACUCGUUCCAAGCUAUGAUGGCACAGCUAGCUUACGCUAAAAUCGCGUUCCUCGCCGGCACAGCCUUGCUCACAGCUAAAAUAGCAUUAGUUCUGAGCGCAAUUAUUGGACUGAAGAAGCUGGUGUCCGGCCAAGGAGGCGGUGGCCACGAAGUGAUCUACGCCACAGGUGCUGAACAUCACGGAAGCUACGGCGGAGGAGGAUAUGGGAGUGGCUGGCAACGGUCCAUCGACGUCGUCCGAUCUUCUAGUGGAGAAUCCUUCGCCGUUUCCGAUAGUUGAAAUUGUUUUCCCCGUAUCCACCGUGAUGAUCGUAUUCCACGCCCGUACUGUAACUAUGCUCGGAGCUGUGAUACGGGUGUUUAAUUAUCUCGUACGAUACUUUCUCUUUAUGUUCUGAAAGUAAAAUGAAAAGUUAUCAACGCUCUAAUAAGAGGACAAAUCCCCAAACACAGCGAAACAAUAAUAUUGUCAAACUUUCGUUCUAACUCGUCUCGCUUACCAAAGGCUUUUUUCAAUGCAAUGGCUGUUGCAAUCGCUAGAGCAACUUUACCGACAAUCAGAGCCUUCCCAGCAAUCGCAGCGACAACAUUGACUAUUACAUAAAGCAUAGUCAGUUUCGACGCUCCUAAAAAGUACAGAAACAUCUGCCCGUAUCCUUUGUUCUUCUUCCUCCGUCCUGAAAAUACGCAUUUGUGAGUUAUUCCUUCGGGCAUGAUUACUGCAAUAAUUAAGCCGAACGCACGUCUAUUUACGGUAAAAAAUAAAAAAAGGAGUGAAUAAUGCAGAGAUAGCCUCGUCACGCGAUGCGCAAGAUCGUUUGCGAAGAUAACGUUUAAAGGAAAUAUAUAGUAGGGUUAAUUGAAUGGUUGAACAGGAAACUUGAAUAACUACUUGGAAUCGUUCUCGUAGAACGGUAUUUCACAUCUUAUAUCGCCAGUUAUAUACCAAGCAAAGUAAAACGAAAAAUGAAUCGUUCAACGCGUUCGCUGCGAACUUGUCCGAUGUCUGACCGGAACGUUCUCAUUCCCCUUGAAGCCAAAUGCCGCGCGUAUAUGUAAUAUAUUUCUUUCAUCGUCACGGUCUGUUAUGGGCGAUAGAAAAAGGAUAAAUAGAGAUAAAAAUGCAAAGUAAACGAACAUGAAAAUUAAAAGGAAGUAUAAAAAAUAUGAAAAUUCGAUAAGAAGAAGUCUCGAAUCAGACUCGUUUUCGUUCACUUCCAUAGACAUCGAAUAAAACGUUAUAUUGUAUUUCUUUCAUAUUAAAAUUGAUUAUUACGUUGCUCUUUCUGUGUUGUAAUUGAAAUUAAUUAAAUAUUUUUUAGUGUAUCAGAUUAUUGUUGCUAUAA